CCGCCCCCCGCAACCCACACCCACACCCAUGGCGAGAGGUGGGCGCUGGGACCUCGGACUGACGCAGGUGUGGGCGGGGCUGUGGGUGGCGCCCGCCCGCUACAUCACGCCCGAGGCCCUGGCGACGAGGAGGAUCUCGAGUGUCGUCUGGGCCACGCCGGAGGCCGCGCCGCCAUCUUUGCCGAGCGUGACCGUGAUCGAGGUCAAGCUGCGGGACGAGUGCGACCAGGACCUGAGUCCCUACUUCCCGAGGGUGGCGCAGGAGUUCGCCGAGUGCCGGAAGAGAGGCACGGGCCUGGCCACCGUCUGCCUGGCCGGGAUCAGCCGCUCCUCCAGCCUGGCCAUCGCCGCCCUCGUCGGACAGCCGGACCUCCCGCAGAUGAGCCUCCGCUUCGCCUACGAGACGGUCAAGGCGGCGCGCCCCGUCGUCAGGCCCAACGCCGGGUUCUUCGCCGCAGCAAAGAACUUUAAUUUGACGGUUCUUGAUCUUUGUGUUCGAAUCCCCUGGCAGCGUUCCGUUGCUAGAUUAGUGCAUGUUAGACUUUAUUCUUGA